CAAAUGGCAUCGCGUGAAAAUGACAGUCGUUCUGUGUAUGAACCGUAAAGAAAGCAAUUUUAAUGACAAAUUAAAUGUGUUUAGCUAAACAUAAUAAUUUCAUUAAAUGGAAAACGUUUCCAAAAAACGAAGUGGGGGAAAGAUAACCUUGUAAAACAGAUGCGGGACGCUAUUAUUACGACCCAAAACAAAACCUAUCAGAUGUUCAUGAUGUGCCAGUGAUAACAUUAUUUGUGUUUCUAUAAAAGGUGUUUGUAUUUUGUAAAAAUGACGGACAAUAAAGCUGUCGUCAUGGCGCCUACAAACGGUUUGCUGGACAAGUCUAAGGAACUCCAAAAGGAGAUCCUUAUGGAGAAGCUGAGGUCCAAAACAUCACAGUUUAAAAAUUUGACUGAAACUUCUAAAGCAGUGAGAAUGGCUUUACUGGAUAAAAGAUGGGCAGUUGACAGUGCAGACAGGAUGACCCUUCAAAAAUGCCUGGACAGCCUACAGCACUGCAUCAAAGUUGGCUCGCUACAGAGCCUCAUAGAGAGGCUUGAAUGCUUGGCACGCCAGCUGGGACUCAAGUUUGUGGUGGGCACAACUGGUGUUAAUCUGUUCAUAUCAUCAGAUAUGUUUUAUUUGGAAAUACUGGUGGAGUCUUCAGGAUCAGUAAAAGAUGUUAAGAUCCAUCAUGAGGGCAGGAUUGAACAACAAAGUUGUGAGGAGCUGGUAUCUUGUAUAUCACGUGGAGACUUUGCAGACUUCACAGCACAGUUGGAAGGCCUUACUGCUGUUUACCAACUGAAUGCUGAAAAGAAAGUUAAAUGCAAGGCUUUUAGUGCUCUGCAGAGCCUAGAAGAAGAUUUAUGCACCAUGCGGCAGUUGCAAACCUUCAUCAAAGACCCAUGGGCACAGGUCCACAAAAGUCCAAUAGGAUUUCUACAAAAACGAAGAGGAGGUCAUGCAAUGCGACUUACAUACUUUGUGUCUCCGUAUGAACUGUUGGAUAAAGAAAAAGGACUUCAACCACUCACAGCAGAGCUCCUGACCAUUGGCAAACCAACAGUGUCCAGUGGUCUAGCUUCACUGGUCGCUCCAUCUCACACCCCUAUUGGCCACUCAGCAACAGUGCUUUUAGAGGGAUCUACUGCCAACAAAUUGCAACUGUCACCAAUUAUAUCAGGUGGCCAGAGACCAGGGAAAGGGAACGGCCCAGUAUACGCUCAGUUGCUGGUGCCGCAGAACAGCGCGAUGUUGCCGGCCUGCUUCACGCUCAAGCUGUCUCAGCCGACGCCGCUUUGCGCCGGACUCGCCAAGCUAAUACAUGCAACUACUGAGGUGGAAGUCGCUGGUGAUUGGGCAAACGCUAAACCCAUGCUGGGUUUAGUGGCACAGCAAGCCUAUAACAAGCUUACUCCUGGGAAAAAUGUGGAGCUAAAUUUGAAUAAAGGAUUAUUUGUUAGCCUGCCAGACCAGACCCAGUGCUACUUUUUCUGCGAGCGGCGCGGUCUUGAAGGUUGCGUGGUGCACAGCAUCCCGUUCACGCACCCGUCGCACGUGCCGCCGCUGCUGGCGUGUCUUCGGCAGCAGGCUCUCUUCACCGACUUGCUCAGCAGCUGCGUGCGACAUCACAACAAACAAGCGGUGGACCUAGAAAGUGUGCUGAUGUUCGAAGUGAGCGCACUCUCCUGGCAACACAUAUCCAUCUCUCUGGAGCAUCCUCUAGAAGAGAGCAUGGCCACCGUGGAACUGGACCUGUCGGACCCGGCCGCGCCCCGGGCCGCACUGCACACGCUCAACUGCCAGUCCAGGGAACAUGUGGACGAGUACAUCACUAGGGUACUGCAGAAGAGUCACUCUAUACCUAUAACGCUGCGAUCGCUGGUCAAGAUAUGGGAGCGCGAGGCGGCCACGAAGCAGAUGAACGGCGGCUACUCGGCGUUAGAGUCGAAUUUUAGCUGCGGCCUGGGGGGCAUGGAGCCCGGCGCGGACCUCAAACCUGAGCCCGCCGGACACGUGACCGGCCGCGGCCACUACCCCUCCAACGGCAACCACAGAGGCUCGUACCUAUCUGAUCAGCAACACCAUCUCUCAAUGAUGUGCCAAGACUCUUCGUCUGGCGACGUGAAACCCCAAAUAAUGGAAGAGCGGAAAUCAAAAAAGCGGAAAUCCGACACCGACGUCUGGCCCGGCCAGAAGAAAGGAAAGCCCGGCCUUAGCGACAUGGCGGAUUCAGAGAGCGAGAGUGACAACUCCGAAUAUGUCAACGAAGAUGAUAAUACUAUGAAUAGCAACUCCACAAAUGAAGAUGUGGAAGGUAGGGAGUCGUCGGUGUCGCAGAACGAAUUCGCGUCGGAUCUGGAACUUUCUGGGAUGGACGCCACGGAUGCUAUCGGAGGGCAAGACAAUCGGGCUUCCUCCGACAUGGACAACUCUAACGAUGGAGACGUCGAAGAUAUGAUGAGGAAUUCUUUUCAGAAGUCUGAGCACAAAAGGCAAAAGCUUAAAAACAAAGAAGAAGUACGAAGUAGAAGUACAUCCUCAUUGCUAUUAGAUCUAACCGAAGGUAAAUCGUAUAUGCCUUCCUCCGUCAGCAUAACGCCCAUCGGCUCCAACACUUCUUCUGGCGCGUCCUCGGGGUCCAACAUAUCAUCAAUGUUAUGCCUGGACCGCCGCCCCGGGAUCGAGAUCAUCCCCAUCUCUUCCUCGGCGCCGGCAGCCCUGCCAAGCUCUAUAACCAUCACCCCUAUCACUUCCUCCCAAAUCAAAUCUCUCGACGACCGCAACAGAUCCGAAAAGAAAUCCAGCAAGUCUGGUGAAGAACGCAGCAAGGAGAAAAAGAAGAAAAGGCGCAGGGACGACUCCAUGGGCCCCCCGGAGAAGGUGCCUCCCAAGCAAGACCCGUUGACGAAGCCCGUCUCGGUCAGCAUAAAGCCGACGGACGGGGCGCCCAUGCGGCCGGCCUCGCCGACGUCGCUGCUGCGGAAGUUCAGCCCGAGCCCCACGCCCGGGCGGCCCGCGGCCAGCCCCGCCAAGGGCAAGCCGGGCGCGCUCCACGGCAGCCCGCGGCACUCGCCCGUGCAGAACAGCCCGAAGCACUUGCCCGGCUACUCGAGCCCUAAAAACCACAGCAUCUCCUCGCCCAAACACAGCUCCUCGGGAUCAGGAAAGCCCAGCAUGUCCACUCUCAAGUCGGCGACCAGCGGCUCCCCUUCGGGAAAAUCCGGUACGACCGGCUACGACCUAACAAAAAAGUUAACAAAAGACAGUUACGGCAGCAGUUCGUCGACUUCUAGAGACAAAGAAAAAAAACAUUCCGGUUUAUCUUUUUCUAGUUCCGGCAGGAGUAGUCCGAAGCUGAAAACACCAGUUAAACUAAAACAAUUAGAGAUUACUCCCGUCUCCUGUGAUAGUCCGGUCACCGAGCCUUUGAUAUCGCCACCAAAUGUGGAAGUGAACAAAUCCAACGCUCCGAGUCAGGCUCGAAAUCGUAAGGGUUCACUUAGCGCUGUGAUAGACAAACUGAAGUCCGCUCAACACUGCGGAGCUGAUGCCGAAUCGAGCGGAACCAAGUCUAGCAGCUCAUCAGGUAGUUCAAACAAAUUUUCUGAUCCAAAAAACGGUAGCGUCAAAGUUGAUAGUAAGAAUCAAGAAUAUAUGGUAAAACCUAGUUCGGACGGUAUGAAGAUAACUAUUAACAAAACAAGGACAAAAGAGUCCUCCAGUAGCAGUUCCAAACUGAAUUACAGUAGCUCCAGUUCGAGUAAACAAUCGUCACCUCAGCUCACCCCACCGAGUCAAGGUUCGCCUAAGACGCACACGGGUCUGAAACCUGGUGUAAUAAGCGGGCCUGCCUCCAAAAAAACCCAAGCGAUGCAGUCUUCAAAGUCUGCUAGUAGUGUUAGUUCUGCGUCCACGCCGCCGAAAACAAACGCGGGCCCUUCAGAAUCAGGCAGUAGCAACUUGCCGAAAGUGCCUUAUUCAAAAUCUUCGUCCAGCAGCGCCGGGAUCAAUUUAUCAAAAUCAGCUUCGAAGACCAGUUCAGGCUCGCCAAAAAGCAGCAGUUCAGACCUUACUAAGAUAAUUAGAGAUAGGGAGAGAGAAAAAGUUAGAACCAAACUCAAUACUGAAAAAUCGUCAAAUAUAUUCUCAUCAAAAUCAGAAAGGCAUUCGAGUCCCAGUAGUUCACGAGACGAAGUGGACGCUGAUAGAUUCAAAGCCGCAGCUAAAGAUGCCAACUUUCUGAUGGAAGGUCUGAUGAAACCGCUCGAUACGAGCAAAUUUCAAAUUCCUAAACUAAAGAACCAGAGUACGACUGACAAAAACAAUCCAGUAUCGCAAUACGACAGUCGAUCUAUGGUUAAUGAUUUCUCGAGGACUAUGGACCAAAACAAAUACCCGUAUGCCCAUUACGAUAACUCUAACGCCAGAAAUGCUGACUUGCAAAAGUCAUCCUAUCCUUUGAACGUGCCAAAGCCAUUGCUAAACAUGGGCGGCAUAAGCCCGAAAACCGUUCCACCUAACAAAGGGGACCAAACCGAUAGGCCUUUAGAAUUUACAAAAGCCAUGGCAGAGAGUUUGAAAAGUGAAAGCCCACAACGCGGUAAAGAUGACGCGAAAGAAUACUCCGGUUCAUACCCUCUGAUGCCUCUAGAUUUUAAAACUGAUUUGAUAAAGGGGUUUCCAGCGCCUAAAGGCAGUUCGGAAGAUAGGAAGGGGGCAGAUGCGUGUAUGAAACCUCCGGCGAGUGGGUCGGUGGCCCGGAGCGGGGCUACCACUCCGCAGGAGGCUGCCGAAAUGUUGUUGGAUUUCUCAUCGUCAUCUGGCAGCAAAGUGUCGGGGAUGGUGGCGGUGCGGUCCAUGUACCCGCCGUCGCCGGCGCUGGGGCUGCAGCUGACGAAGAGCCCCGCCCCCUCGCCGCUGGUGGUGGCCCCCUCCCCGCACUCCAACUCCCCGGGGAUCACAGACGAUGAACUGAUGGAUGAAGCCCUCGUAGGCCCCGGGAAAUGAGUGAAAAUGCUAAAUACACGCGCAAAAUAUCUCCUGACUGACUUAAGAUGUAACUAUCUUAAGAGAAACUUUUAAUUAAUAUCGUCAAUUAGGGAACAUAAUAUUAUUUUAGUUACUCAUUUCUUAAAAAUGACAAUUUAUACAGUAUGAACUGUAAAAUUUAUUUUUCAUUAAAAUACCCUCUAAUCGAAUUUGGGAUAAAUACGAAGCGUACAGUUUACCUUUAGUAAUACGAUAAUUCCAAUUAUUUAUAAAAUACUAAAAUAUUUAUGUAUUACGCAAAACGUUAAUUAGUCAUCUUGUUUGUCAUUAGAUGUUAUUUGAUCGUGUAUAAUGUUUUGAUGACCACAUGAUCUGACAAUUUGUGAUCUAUUUGUGUACACUCUGCAAUCGUAUUUAAUAAUAAUGUGUCAUCAAACCUUUUUCAUUCAAGAUGUAAGGAGGCACGGAUAAAAUAUCAUACAAUGGGAUUAUAAUCACUCAACUGCCAUGUGUGUGUAAAGCAUAAAAUUCGUGUACAACUUUGUGUAUGUAGUCCUAUAUUUAAGAAGAGUAGGGAUAGUGAACAAAAUAAUUUUUCAAUCACUGUAAAUAUAAUGAAAUGAUAAUAUAUGUAAUUAUAAAUUAAUUGGUAAGGAAUUUAUGCUUAUGAUUGC